AUGGUCAAAGCUUGCGUCUGCGGUGCUGCAGGUGGUAUCGGUCAACCUCUAUCUCUUUUGCUCAAAUUGAACCCUCUCGUCACUGAGCUCGCACUGUACGAUGUUGUUAACGCUCUCGGUGUUGCGGCAGAUCUCUCGCACAUUGCAUCCCCAGCUCAAGUUACGGGUUACCUCCCUCCUGACAACGGAGCUGAGAGAGCAUUGGAGGGCUCUGAUAUCGUCAUCAUCCCUGCUGGUGUGCCAAGGAAACCAGGAAUGACCCGAGAUGAUCUUUUCAUCAACGCCGGUAUUUGUGCCACGUUGGCUCAGGCCAUCGCUACUGCUUGCCCCAAGGCAUUCAUUUUGGUCAUCUCCAACCCGGUCAACUCGACUGUCCCAGUGUUCGCCGAAGUCCUCAAGAAAGCUGGUGUGUUUGACCCAAAGAAACUCUUCGGUGUCACCCACCUUGACAUUGUCCGCGCCUCGACGUUCGUCUCUGCCGUCGUUGGCAAACCCGCCGAGGCCUCCGGUUACACUGUACCAGUCAUCGGUGGACAUGCGGGAGUGACCAUUCUUCCUUUGCUAAGCCAGAGCAAACCUGCCAUUCCCUCUGACAUCCUCGCUGACAAGGAAAAGCGAGACGCUUUGGUUUACCGCAUUCAAUUUGGUGGGGAUGAGGUAGUCAAAGCCAAAGAUGGUGCUGGUUCUGCUACGCUUUCCAUGGCUCAAGCUGGCGCCGAGUUUGCCGAAUUCGUCCUUGAAGCCGCCUUUGGUGGUAAGAGUAAGGUCGUCCAGGCUUACGUGUACCUCGGGGCGGACUCUGGUGGUGCUGCAGUGCAAAAGGAGAUUGGGACUGAGCUAGAGUACUUCUCCGUUCCCAUCGAACUCGGUUCUUCGGGUAUCGAAAAGAUCCUCUCCCUUGGGAAGCUGGACGAGUACGAGCAAGGCUUGCUUGGUGCGGCGGUCAAGGAGUUGGGUCCUAGCAUUGAAAAGGGGGCGACUUUCCAGCCCUCUCCUCCCAAGCUCUGAGCGAUUGAUUUAUCUAUGUCAAGAUUAAGAGCAUUGGAGAUGAUCGUAGAAGAAAAGGAUGAACCUAAACCGACGGACAGAUGAAGGUGCUGUGCAUAGAAACAUAGUAUGAGAUGCAACGAGAACCGUCUAGCAUCCUCC